CAGUUCCGGUUUCUAAGGAAGGAAUCUUCUUUUUCCGUGAGUUUCGCUUUUUGUUAUCACGCGUUUGCUAAACUUGUAUCAAUAAUGAAAGGAAGGUUUUAUUUCAGUGUAAGAUCGCUUUAAGGAAAGUGUCGAUGACUGAUACGUGUGUUACUUCUUUACUUCUGAGAGGUGCACAAACACAACGUCUAAGCGCACGUCUCUUAUGACUGGCGGACAGCAAUGGCCAUGGUACCUAAGGAAUUCCUGAUGUUUAUUACAGUCUACUCAGUGGUCGUUACUGGUUCAGAACUCUUAGGUCAUCAAUCAACAUGUCAUUUUCAAAUAGUUUAUUGCUCCUGCAAAGAAAUGUUCGGUGUAGAUUUGAUCGUGACUGUGGAAAAGUGUGUUUACGACUUGAAAGAAGGAGAUGAAAAAUCUGUUUGUAGCAGAGAGACGGUCAUGGAGAAAUGUAGUAAAGGUAAGCUUUCUAAAUUUUUGUUUGUUGAAGUUGGAAUUUAUUUUCCUGUAAUUUGCCGUUUAUACGGACACCGAGGAGGCCAUAGAAUGAGUCCGUAAUUAUAGGUGAGCAGGGCAACCAAAAAGCCCAGGGAUCAAUUUUUGGUCACACUCAUUUUAAUGAUUUCAUGAAGGAUCUCUCUAAUGCCAUAGAUGAUUGUACCUUAUUUAUAUAUGUUGAGUCAAUGACAAUCAAAAUAUUGACCAGGAUGAACAUUAUUGUGGAUGAUUUUAUUAAUUUAAUUGAAUGAAAAGAAAUCAUUCAAAAUAUCAAGCAAUAAACUUUUGGAAGGACAAAGAGAAAUCCUAUUGUUGACCUGUGAAGGUUCUGUCAUUUCCAUCAAAUGAAGAAAAUGUUGCCUUUAAGGUGGGGAUAGAAUGGGGGAUUCCAGAAAAUAUCCGUACCAUACCAUGGACAGCUUCCAUAGUUUAACCACCCCUUCCCGUCAGAAUUUCCAAAAUGUGUUAUCCCCUGAUGCCUCCGGAUUUCCAGUUCAAAGACCCCCCCCCACCCCCUGGCCUCGGAAUUCCAAAAAGCCGUCCAUGGUUUGGUAUGGAUAUUUUCUGGAAUCGCCCAAUAUAUCAUGCUUUCCCUCUACCACCCUCCAGUUAUUGUUUAGAGUUGUUGUAUCAUUGCGGUAGAAAAAGUUCAAACAAAAUAGAAAAAUCCAAUCCACGAGCCCUUUGUUUUGCAACACAAUCAACCACAUCUUUAUAGAAAUGAACCAGUGAUAUCUCCACUUAAUCAAAGAAUUGUUAAAAAUGGCCAUGACAGGUGUAUAGUGGUGUGAUAAAAAGGGACUGUCCGGGGAAUCACUUGCUAGAUGGGUAUAAAAUGCAUUUUCACUCUCACAACCUGAUGAAAAUGAAUAUAGGAUUGUACUAUACUUAAUUAUUAGUAUAAGAAGAGGUACCUACAGUAUGUGGGAUAUGUCAUUUAUUCCUUAAUUAAUCGAUUGAUGUUUUCCCAUAUCUUCCUUUUCAGGUACUUUCUCUUUACGAAGGCAGAGACGUGCGGGCUCUUUAAAUCUCAGUUGUAAUAAUGGAACAAUACUACCUCCUGUUUCGUUGCCUACCAAAAGAGGCCCUCCCAAAGUUAACAUGAUCAGUGGUAAUUCACGAAAUGUUAUGAGAGAUGAGUACGUUAAAUUCCACUGCAAAGUGUUUUCUAAUCUUGCAGCUAAUGUAACUUGGCUACUAAAUGGUUUACCAUUAACUGGACAGAUGAACUUUAGCGACCAGUAUUCAUUUUUGGAAUGCAGAACUGUUUUACAAAUUGAAAAGGUGUUAAGCAGAGAUUCUGGGAACUAUACCUGUCUUGUUAAAAAUGAGAUGGGACAAGCAAUGGCAUCUUCUUAUUUGACUGUGAAAGGUAAGUAAAAUUCAAGCAUCAAUGUUAUUUUCUUGUUUCUAAUUCUGUGUGCACUGAAGCUUACCACUAAAGUCUGUAUGUGUAGCAAAUAUAUUAAUGUAUAAAAGAGCAAACUAGUAUUUUACUCAACAAUAAAAUUACCAAAUAUUUUGUUUUGAUUUCCAUAGCAAAAUAUGAAGGCCCAUACAUACUGGACUUUGGACUAGAGGGAAAGACAGGAAUGCAGGGUGUAGCAGUUACUGGGACGUCUUUAAAUUUAACCUGCAGAACUCAAAACACUGCUGUUCAAAAUUCAUUUUUCAAGGAUGGUUUUCUAAAGAGAGAGGAUAGAAUACGGGUCACAUGGUAUCAAAUGGGAGAUGUUGGACAGAACAUCAAGGUUGCCAAACUUGAGAUAAAAAAUGUCACAUUAGCAGACUCUGGAAAUUACACUUGCAAGUCAAUCCUCCAUGGUAUUGCAAAAGAUAAAACAUUUUCUCUUAGAAUCGGUAUGUAUUUCUUUCAGGGAUCUUUUACAAUUUUUAUACCUCUUGAUUUAAGUCAUGUAAGUAAUUGUUAAACAAAUUAAUUCUGUUCUUAUUUUCUUCAGAAAAAACAACAAUAAAUUUAGUGUCACUCACAUUAAAUUAACAAUCUGUUGGCAGUUGAGCUGAGCACAUCAAUAUGUAUAUAGUUAAAUCUUAAAUUAUACCUAAAUGGUACGUGAAAUAUUUUUGUUGGUGCUGGCAUUUUUUUAGAAAUGCUUUUUUGUUUUUUUUUUUCUAAUCUUGAAACCAUCUAGCCAAAACACUUACUAGUAGUUAACAUUGUUCAUGUACAGACUAGAGGUGCACAAGUGGUAAAUAUUAAUGUACCUGCCAUCCUCUGUCUCUCCUCUAUACUCCAACCACACCUGAUAUUGUUUCUUAAAUUUUUAACCUUAAAUAUAUGAAUAUGAAUCAAGCCAUGAAUGUUUGCAUAAUAAUCUGACAAUUCCUCAGUUAAAUCAUGUACCUGUACGGCCUUUUUCUUGAGAAAGCCCUGCCUUAUAAUUAGGCUUUGGAACUGUAGCUUUGAAAAAUUUCUUUGUUGAGUUUUCGUAAGUUGGUGCAAAGCCCAUGCUGCUUUUGUAGUUUUCUCAGACACUGUUUACAAAUAUGUUGUGAUGUGUCAUGCAUAUUAAAUUGAGGAAAUAAUUUCAUGAAAUUUUCCGUGGCCUAAUGUUUCAAAUUUUUAAAACAUGUUUUGAUUUGUUUUGGCUGGAAAACCCCCUUACAUAAAUUUUUAUCAGACCAAUGCAACAACCAAUCAGCAGGUCAAACAAUGCACACUGUGUGUCAAUUAAGUUUCCCAAGAUCUUGGGAACCCAGGAGGAUGCUGGAACAUGAUAAGUUUGAAUUUAAAUUUUAUUAAUGUUCUUAACAAUAUUUAUUGUUAAUUAUUUUUAAUUGAACUGUUUUUUAGCUUUAUGUUUUAAAAUUUUCUUUCAAAUUAAUUAUUUUUAUUUGUACAAAUACGUAGUAUUUUUAAUCUAUAUUUUAUGGUAUUAUGGCAUUUAAUAUCUUAAUAUUAGUUAUUAUUAAUUUUUGCAUUGGAUUAUAGUAGUUUGAAACAUUCAUGUUUAAACAAGUCUUGUUCUCAUCCGUGUAAUUUGGAUCAAGAAUACAAAUUAAUACUUAUAACUUACUUUAUAUGUUUCACAAAGACAUUCAGAAAAUUUGGCCAGUCUCAUAGAGCUGUUUAUCAACAAGACAUGAUCAUAAAUUCACCAGAUGUUAAAACUCUAAAAGUAUGGCAUGUGUGUGGAAUUCUCCUUAUAUUUUUCUCGAUAAGAAUAAGCAGUCUUGUGCAUACAUGUAUCUGUAUACAUGAUGUGAGAUUGAAGGGUUUGGCUUCCGGGCACAAGGAUCAUCCCUAUAUUGUGUACAUGUGAGUUGGCAUGUUUAAUGACAUCCUUAUCAUUAUAUGAAACAAACAAUAACUUCAUCUUUUAAAACUUUUUGUUGUUUUUCAGUUUAUCCUCCAGGGUCUUAUCACAAUUCUUCAUCAGAUGAUCAAGUUCUUUCUGUGUGCCUUGUCCUAGAGGAUGGUAUCAGCCACAUGCAGGGGCAUCAGUGUGUAAACCAUGUAGCAAAAACAAUGUUUCAAACAAACUAAACCAUACAUCACGACCAGCAGUGAGCAUUACCAACUGCCCUCCAGUAGACAACCCUACAGAUGCAAGUAAUUCCAAGAUGGAGAAAGGUUACUUUAUUAACUUUCUAUGUAAUUUGCCAUACUGCUUUUGAAAGUACAGUGAUUGGGCAGGAGCUGUAGGUACAUUAGGGAGAUCAAGUGACUGGGUAAUUGUUACAAAAACAAGACCCUCAUAACAGGGUUCAAUUUCGGCUGCAGACUGUGCAAUGCAGUGUAGAUUAUAUUUUUUACCACACUUUCUUUCCAGAUUAAGUGUAUAGCUAUACUUCUACAGUAACUGGUGAAAUGGGAUAGAGAUAUACUUACUUGGUCUUUUAAAAUAAGAGAAGAUUGGCAGUAUUUUUAACUGGGACAUUUCGAUCCAUAGUUAUAACACGCCCCUAAUCUCACUGCCCCCCAAAAGAAGUUUAGAAUACUGUUAAAUAACAGUAAAAAUUUUUUCUGUUUCUUAAAACUUGCAAACAAAUUAAGUUUCAGUUUUAUUUCUGUGGGAUAUUGCAUUUAAAGCUCCUCUAAGUACCCAAGUGAAGAUGUUUCCAUUUGAUGGGGUGGUCUAAGUCUGGUUUAUUUUGGUAGUCUUAAAGGGUCUUCCACCACUUACUGCCUACUCAAUCUCAUCCACAACUGGCUCUCUGAGGUUGAUAAUCCUGGUUGUUAUUUGAGAGCCUGCUUCCUUAACUUUAACAAGGUGUUUGACAGCAUUGAAAGGAGAAAGCCGAUUUUAUAAUGAAAAGAAUGAGAUCAGUCACAACAGCUGCUUAUGUUAAAAUUGUAUCACUAAUUUGUCUACAUGUGCAUGUAGUUCUUUGAAUUCAUAACAAUAUUAUUAAUUUUAAUUAGUGCAAGAAUGAGCCAAAUUCCUUUUAACAUUCUUGUUUUCCUUCAGGUGAACAACAGUCUAGUCAUAUUACUUCUAUGCAGAUUGCUGGUAUAGUCUGUGGUAGUCUUGUUGCUG